AUGCGGUCCAACUGUAAUGGACCUGGUGUUGUUAUACCACCAGAACCAUAUUCAAAUAUCAAGAAUGAAGAAAGCAAUAACGGAGAUGAUAAUGUCGACGAGGAGGAGGAAGAGGAUGAUGAUGAUGAAGUUGAAGAAGAAGAGGAGGAAACCGGUUCUAUUUUAAGUGUGAAAAAUAUAAACAACAAUAAUAAUUGUCAAAUUAUGGAUGUUGAUAAACAGAAAUUCACUGAUCCAAUUGAUAUGCAAUCAUCAAGUGUCAGGUAUAUUGUUGAUACACAGCCACCAACAUUUAAUAUGCAUUCACGAAGUUCAGUGAAUAAUAAUACUGUCACAGAGAAUCAUAUGCGACGACCGGUGAGCUCUUUAGCCUUACCACUUAAUCCUUUAAUAAUAACAUCAACAACAAACACAGUAACAAGUGAAUAUUUAAAUCAUAUUCAACCUGUCCUCGCCUCCUCUCAUGCAUCCAAUACACAACAUCAAUUCUCCUCUGAUGAUGCUCAUUUAAUUCAGUAUCAUAGACCAUUGCAUCAUCAAUCAGCUCAACAAUGUUCUUCAGCAUCCCCGUUUACCUGUGAUAAUAAUAAUAAUACUAUUGUACAUUCAAAGCCAUUGUGUACUACUUUACCGAAUUUAACAAGUCAACCUUUGGAACAGGUGAAUAAUAUUCUGUUACCAAAUCAAAUGUCUACGCCUUACUUGGUUCAACAUUCAUCUGACAGUCAAACAACUUUACCAACAGAUUGUUCAAAUCGAAAUAAUAAUGGACAUUUAGUUGUCGGUAGUGGUGGUGGUGAUACCUACAUGGAUACUUCUUUGACUCAUCCUUAUCGUGAUGGUGUUUCGCCUAACUACUCAGCUAACAAUAAUAAUACUAAUAAUAAUACCCUAGGUCAAAUGCAGUGUACAUUAUUAACACCAGUUCCGUAUACAAAGGAAUUAAAAAGUGAUCAACCCAUGUUUAUUAUAUCAUCUGUUGUUGGGAAUAAUAAUAAUAAUAAUAGUAGUAAUAAUAAUAAUAACAAUAAUAAUCAACAACAGAUUUCCAAACCAGAUUUAACCCCUUCACAUACUGUAGUAGAAUCUGCAACAGCUAUUCGGCAUGAACCUCAUAGUAUACCACAAUUGACCAAUAAACACAGCUAUUCAGGAACACAAGAACUCCACAGAAAAAUGAGUGAUUAUAUAUCUGAUGUAUAUGAAAGUCAUAUCAAUCAUUUUACAUCGAAUUCAAUGAGCAGUUUUCAAAAUUCUGCAACAACGACAACAAUAGUUUGUGCUCCAUCUCUUACUGCCUCAACAAAGGCUAAUCUGAAUAAUCCCCAUUGUAUUAAUACCUCAAAUAAUUCAAUACCUGUGACGUCAAAUUUACCGGUUAAAAUCUCUGAUGCUUCCUCUCAAACUCUACCAGAAAUAAUUGAUCUAGACGGUUUACCAGCUUCACUGUCAACAUCAUUUUCUACUACAGUAGUAGUGACAACCUCGGAAAUGUAUACCAGUACCCAUGACAAUCAUCAUACAGAGAAUGAUAAUAAUAAUAAUAAUAAAAAUGAUUUUAGGAGUAAUAACAACAAUAACAACGAUAUAGAUAGUUCAAAUACAGUGAAAACUGAACCGAAUGAAAUGAAAUUUAGUGUAGAUGAUUCUGGCAAUCCCAAUACAGUAUCUCAACAACAACAACAACAGCAGCAGCAACAACAACAACAACAAAAUUCUCGUCAAAGAAGAAUGCCAGCGUUAAAACACUUACAGUUACCAUCGACAUGCAGUUCUACACUGUUACGACAGACAAGUAUUCCUAAAGGUUACUUUUUAUCAACACCAGAAGUUAUCAAUGAACUUGGUCGUUUAGAUAGUCAUCGAAAUAAUUCAGAUACUACUAAUAAUUCAGAUACUACAAAUCCACUUGGGCAUGCAUUAUCUCCAGCUGAUUUAAUAUAUCGACUGGGAUUACAUCAACUCUUAUCAUUAUCACCGGUUCCGUUAACUUCACGUGAUUCACCAGUGUUUUCAGCUAAUCAUAGCCCUACACCAAAUUUAAUACCAUCGAAUUCAAAUAUUGGAAGUAAUCAGAAUAAUACAGGGAAUAUUGGUGCUAGCAGUAGUACUAAUGCUACUUCUACGACUACCACUAUGACUAUUGCUCAGCCUUCAUUAGUCAGUCAGUCUUCGUGUAUGGAUAUGCCGUCUGUUCAGUGUGAAUCUGAAUCUCAGAACUCACCAAAUGUGCUUCCAAAAUAUGCCAAACGAUCAAAGUAUUCUUAAGUGCAUAGAAGAAGAAUAAAUAUCUGGACACAUACAUCUAUAUAUACAUAACCCCACACCUCCCUUUACACACACACAUGCAUAAGACAGACAAUUCACAGAAACUUUCUCAAGAUGACUAAUAUUCGUUUUAUUAUUAUUAUUAUUAUAUUUUUUCAUCACAGAGAACAAAUUCACUGUAAAACAUGAAAAGACUCACCCAUUCUCUUUUUUACGGAAGAAAUUUUCAUUAUUGUUAUUAUUAUGCGCCAUAUAUUACAUCAUAAAAUGGGAUCAGCUUUUGUCUUGCAUAUUGCCCUGCCCUAAUAUCUGUUACUAUUUUCCUUAUUCAUAUCUAUUCCCCCCCCCGCCCACUCUGUCUGUCUCUUACUCACUCAUUCUCAGUUGUUACACCUGCUCAAAAGAAUAUCUUCAUCACCAUCAAUAUCAUCGUUAUCAUUCUUAUUAUUAUCCAGAAUAUAAACGAACCUACUCAACAACAAAAAUCUCAGUACAUUAUUAUUAUUAUUAUAAUCUGAGCAUUUUCCCCUGUGUCCUCACCCACGCACACACAGACACACACGCACGCACGCAUACAUACAUACAUGUACCGACGACUAUUUUACCUUUUUUCUUACUUCCAUUAUUAUUUUGUCUGUUAUGGAUUAGUUAACCUUGGAUUCCCCAUCCCCCGUUCCCGAGUAAUACUCAUAUAAUAAUAAUAAUAUUUCUAUGAAUUCUGUACAAAACUCUAUAAGGUUUUCAUCCUUUUUGUUGUUGUCUAAACCGAUGCAAACUGCUCAUUAUCCGUAAAAGUGAUUGAUAGGUGUGGUUGGUGGUAGGUUGAUAGGUUUGUAGGUACGUAGGUAGGUGGUUAACACCUUGAACCUGGUGAAAAUUUUUUCAAGUUUAUUUAAUGCUAGAUAAAUUUCACUAUUUUACUAUCUACUUUUUUAUCGAUUUCUGUUUUUGUUUGCGUGUGUGUGUGUGUGCCUUUCAUUUCUCGCUAAUCUCUUCCACUGUUAUCACAUCAUCAACAGUUAAUUCUUGUUAUUUGUAAGCUAAUUUAAUUAACUCUAGUUAAUUGAUCAUGUUGCGUAGACACAGCAGUGAAGUUUGUUUAUUCUAAAAGCAGUGAUGAAUACUGUUCAGUCUCCCUCUCUCUCUCUCUUUCUUACUCUCACGCUCUCUUCUCGUGCGUGGGUGUCUUCCUUGCAC